UGUGCUAUUAGCGUUAGCUCUACAGAUGUGUUGAAGAAGCUGGAAGGCGAUACUGUACUUUUAGGGUAGGUAGUUAUUACAGUUCUAAUUAAGCAACAAUGUCUUCAGUUCAUUACUUGAGAGAGUUUGUCAACGAGCGACUAACUGCUGCUGCUGAGGAAAUAUUCAGAGUUUUUGAAAUAACUAUCGUCGAGUAUAAAGAAGAGAUCGAUCGUCAGCGCAGACUGCUGGACAUCGUCUUGAAACCUGAAAUCAAGUUACACAGGAUAGAGCUCCUACAGCAACAUGUCAGUACGGAGGAGGAGGUUCUCUCAGACCAGCAGCUCUGUGACCAGGAGAGGGACCCCAGUCUGGACCAUGAAGACGUAGAGCUGUUAAUUAAGAAGGAGGAGGAUGUUCUCUCAGACCAGCAGCAUUGUGACCAUGAGAGGUACUCCAGUCUGGACCAAGGGGAGCCAGAACCUCCACAGAUUAAAGAGGAACAGGAGGAACUGUACACCAGUCAGGGGGGAGUGCAGCUUGUAUUGAAGCAGGAGACUGAUGCCUUUAUGCUGAGUCCUGCUUAUGAGGACAAUGAUCACCGGUUCCUCUCUAAUAACUCUGAUGUAGCUGAGAGUCAAGACCAGAAAAGUGAAAGUCACAGUUUUUGUGUGUACAAACCUAACUUGUCAAAGAUUCAUCGUAAUACUCACACAGGUAGAGAGUCUUUCAAAUGUGACAUUUGUGGAAUAGAUUGUAAGUGUAAGUCAAAAUUGAAUAUUCACAUGAGAAUCCACACAGGUGAGAAGCCAUAUUCCUGCAGCACCUGUGGGAAAAGAUUCAAUCAGACAUCAGGAUUGAAUACUCAUAGUAGAGUCCAUACAGGUGAGAGACCAUAUUCUUGUAACACUUGUGGGAAAAGAUUCAAUCAGACAUCAGUCUUGAAAGCUCACAUAAGAAUCCACACAGGUGAGAAGCCGUAUCCUUGCAUGACAUGUGGGAGAGCCUUCAGGUAUAGUGGUGACUUAACGGUCCACAUGAGAAGAGCCCACACUGGUGAGAAGCCGUACAACUGCAACAAAUGUGGGAAAAGAUUCUCUGGAAUAUUUGAAUUUUCCAGACAUAUAAAAGUGCAUACAGAGAAGUAGUCUUUCGUUUGAACACACUCAAGCGAGAACCCACAUAAAGGCAGCUCUUGCGGUAGACAGUUCACCCAAUUCUUAAACACUAACAACGCUUCACCCACUUAAAUGACUGCGCUUUUGUAAUAGCAACGUCUUUGUAAUUGUAUAUGAAGCAUUUUUCAUAAAAACCAGGUCACAAUACAUCAUUGUAAUGAAGUAGUAUAUUGUUCAGAAUGUCUUCAAGUUUUGUUGAACUAACCAUGUUUUUUUCCCUUAAUAUCACGAGAUAGUUCAUAUUUAUGUUAGCAGGAAUAUGUUUUGGAAACAAUCAUACUCUUUCAAAUCUUUGAAAAUCUAUGUUACACAGUGAAUGCAUAUAUGAGCUGAUAUGAGAGAAACCCUCUGAAAGUGUUGUUGGGUCACUUAUGUUGUCAUCCUGCCAACUUUCGUCUUUUUUUGUCUCUGCAGCGAGUCUUUUGAUUUCACACUUUAAUGUAUUUUCUGAUUGGUUCAGCUUGAUAUAGUUUUUGUUGUUUUUGGUUUUAGAAGUGAUGCACAAACACAAAGUGAAGAUGAUGUGCUACAUGGCGUUCUUAAAGAGGUUUGUUGUCUAUGAAAAUAUUUGCAGAAUGUUCCUAACUUGGAUUGAAGGAUUACAUUAUCUGCAAGCAGGAUCAACCCAGGUGUUAGUUGUGCAUAACAUAAUUAGUACCUAAUUGAAAAUGGGUCACAAUAUGCUGUUGUAUGUACAUGUAUUCUCACAAUAAAGCUAGAAAUAGAAAGAAAGAAAGAAAGUGGUGUUUUAACCAGCUGGAGGUUCAGUGAAAGUGUGACUUGAUAGCGUUUGGUAUUUGAUCCUUGGAGCUGCCUCAUACAUAUACAGUGAUGGAAUAUAACUGCAUUUACUCAAUCACUAUACUUGUGUACAACAUUGAUUGUCCUCAGAUAACCAUGACUGGAUAUAAGUUAUACAGAAAUAUGAGUUUUAAAAGACUUUAAAGGAAAAACAAUCAGAUUUUGAGGUGUUUGUUCUUACAUUUUCAUUUUGGCACAUCAACUACAUAUAUUUUGUUGCACGAUACACACACUUCUACUUUUAGUCCAUUUUACAUGACAAUAUACUAGUCAGGUCACUCAAUGUUAUUCUCCUAAAUAAAGGUACACGUUUACACACA